GAUGAAACAAUGAGGAGCUGUAUAGUUCUAUGACAACAUAGACAACUCUUCAGCCUGGGGGGAUCAUUUCACCCAAACUUGCCAGAGAGUACACAUCUUGAGCACUGUUAUCGAACCGACACAAGUACUAAAAGAAAGAAACUUCUAAAAUGAGUUCCCUUGCUGCUGAAAUGGAGCUUGUUAAAAGCUUCAUAAAAAUCCCUCAUGAGGAGAGGAAGAAGGAGGCCAGGAGAAAAAUGUAUGAGGAGCUGAGAGCCUUGGAGAUGGAGCGCAGACAUAGAGUCGCUCUGGAGGCCUCGGAGAAGCUCAAGAGGGAGAGAGUGGAGAGAGAAAAAGUAGAGGAAAGUCUGGAAAGACAGAGAGAGGAGGAGAAGGAGGAGAAGGAGGAGAGGAAGGCUUCUGAGGAAGAAGCCCUGCUGAAAGCCAAACAAGACCAGCUGAAGCAGGAGAGUCUUCUCUGGAAAGAUGUGAUGAUGGUUGAAGAGGAGCCGGGCAAAAGGCCCAGGUACACUAUCAGUGCUCUGAAGGAAGAGCAGCAGAGGAGGCAGGAGGAGGUUGAGCUCUGUCAACUGCCACAGGUAGGAGACCCAGCCAGCCGGGAUCCCCUGACCUCUGAGCACAAGGUGACACAACAGCAGGGCAGAAGAAAGACUCUGUAUAACAACUGGGUUGGAGAGGGAAAAAAAACUGAGAGUGCGCCUGUGAAAGAAAACCCCGGCCCAAAUGACUCCACCUAUCUCCUCUUUGCUGCAAAACAAGGCCUGAAGUCUGAAGACAAGCCAAAGGCCCCUAAACCCAGCGUGGCGCAGCAGUGGCUGGACAAACUUAAAGUUGGAAGCUUGGUGGAAAAAUACCGAAGCCACAGAGAGAGGCUGGACCAGAAAAGACAGCUCAAGGCUGAGGAGCAGCACGCUCGUUUUUCUGCCUACAAAGAGAGCCGGGCUCACCUGUUUGCUCGCCAACAUGAUUGUUACAUGGGAGGAUUUGCUCAAAAAAGAAACAGCAUCCUCGGAUCCAUGUUUUAAAUGUUCUUUUUACUUUUUUGCUUUGAUAUUCAGCACAAUAAAACAUUGUUGAAAUGAAAACUU